AUGGGAAAGGCUGGCAGGACUGAACCGGAGGCCACCCCUUGCCCCUAUGCUGAGUCUUCAUUCUCGAGCAACGCCACGUCCACGUCGUGGGACGAUGCCGAGAACUGGGAGGAGGGCGAGGUGCCGGACAAGACCUCCGACGUCGUGCUGGACGAAGGAGCCGAAUCCGAGCUCGACAGUACCGCACGCGUCUCCUCGCUCUCCAUCAAGAGCGGGUCCAAACUCACCAUCACCGGCAACCUCUUGGUCAUCCCCAGGGAGAUCACCUGCUUCAACGUCAACUACUGCAGCGGGCACGGGACGUGUGUGGCGGAGGACACGUGCGAGUGCGAGGCGGGCUGGACCGGCGCCGAGUGCUCCGAGGACGCCAGCCUCCCGUGCGAGCGGAUGACCCACAUGCAGCGGUUCCUCCACGAGAAGCGCAGCGCGGGCCUCCUCGGCCACUGA